AGCCGUUACUUCACUGCAGCAGCAGCAGCAAUCAGCCCUCUCGUAUUGAGUGAGCCAGACACGCUAACCUGUCUGUCCCCUCCUCUUUUCUCUCUCGCUCUCUCUGCAUAUUCAGCAGAGCUGCCCUUCUCUCCUCCUCAUCACUCUGCCACUCCUGCGGCGUUGCUCUUUGCUUGAAGGGGACACUGGCCUGCUCCUCACCCACUGAUUCUGCAUGACUGUCACAAAGAUGUCAUGGCGUCCAACCUACCGAAGCUCCAAGUUUCGAAAUGUCUACGGAAAAGUAGGCAACCGGGAGCACUGCUUCGACGGUAUCCCCAUCACCAAGAACGUCCAUGACAACCACUUCUGUGCCGUCAACUCCAAGUUCCUGGCAGUCGUCACGGAGAGUUCUGGCGGCGGCUCUUUCAUCGUCAUACCUGUUCCCCAGUCUGGCCGCCUAGACUCUCAUUACCCAAAAGUGUGUGGCCACCAAGGCAAUGUGCUGGAUAUCAAGUGGAAUCCUUUCUUUGAAAACAUCAUAGCCUCCUGCUCGGAGGACACCUCGGUGCGAGUAUGGGAGAUCCCAGAGGGCGGUCUAAGGCGCAACAUGACGGAGGCGGUGCUGGAGCUGUAUGGCCACAGCAGGCGGGUGGGUGUGAUCGAGUGGCACCCCACCAGCAGCGGCAUUCUCUUCAGCGCUGGCUAUGAUUACAAGAUCCUGAUCUGGAACCUGGAGAUCGGAGAGCCGGUGAAGAUGAUCGACUGCCACACUGACGUCAUCCUCAGCAUGUCCUUCAACACCGACGGCAGCCUGCUGGCCACCAGCUGCAAAGACAAGAAGCUGCGAGUCAUCGAGCCGCGCUCCGGGACCGUCCUUCAGCAAGCCAGCUGUAAGAACCACCGCGUGAAUCGGGUGGUGUUUCUGGGCAACAUGAAGCGACUGCUCACCACAGGGGUCUCACGCUGGAACACCCGGCAGAUCGCUCUCUGGGACCAGGAGGAUUUGUCCAUGCCAAUUGUGGAGGAGGACAUAGAUGGCCUGUCCGGACUGUUGUUUCCUUUCUAUGAUGCUGACACACACAUGUUGUACCUGGCAGGCAAGGGGGACGGCAACAUCCGGUACUUUGAGAUUACCACAGAGAAGCCGUACUUACAAUACCUAAUGGAGUUCCGGUCCCCGACCCCGCAGAAAGGACUCGGUGUGAUGCCGAAGCACGGGCUGGACGUGGGAGCGUGCGAGGUUUUCCGCUUCUACAAGCUUGUCACCCUGAAGGGUUUGAUCGAGCCCAUCUCCAUGAUUGUGCCGAGGAGGUCAGACACGUACCAGGAGGACAUCUACCCCAUGACCGCAGGAACAGAACCUGCACUGUCUCCAAGCGAAUGGCUGAGCGGCAUUAACAGAGACCCAGUCUUGAUGUCCCUGAAGGAGGGUUACCAGCGACCGAACCAGUUAGUGUUCAAGGCCCCAGUGAAGGAAAAGAAGAGUGUGGUAGUGAAUGGGAUCGACCUGCUGGAGAAUGUACCCCCCAGGACAGAGAACGAGCUCCUGCGGAUGUUCUUUCGGCAGCAGGAUGAACUGCGGCGGCUGAAGGAGGAGCUGACCACCAAGGAUGUGCGAAUACGCCAGCUGGAGCUGGAGCUCAACAACCUGAAGAACGUUAGCCCCAACAACGUCUGACCUCUCAACCUCCUGGACUGGCAAAGCUGCUUCCUUUGCCCCAAAUUCUGACCUCCAACAAGCUUCUGAGCCCUCCUCAGCCUCUUUUUUGAUAAAUUGUAUAUUCAUUCCUGCUGCCCUGCAUAGCGCAUACACUAAUAUGAUAAGUGUUGGAUAAUGUCUUAACUGGAACAAUUACUGGAAAAUAGUAAUAUUAACAAAUGUGAUAAGUAAUGGAGACGAGGCACUGUUCAUGGAUUUCCACCUUAACAUGAACUCGAUGGAUGUUUGAGAUCCAAUCCAUUUAGUAUUGUCUGUAUUUUUACUACUUGUUCCUGAUCUAGCACACUCAAGUGUUGGGAUCAGUUGUUGCAUAUUUUCUGCCAGACCUCUAGAGUAUUUGUCUCACUGUGCCUACCCUGCCAAUCACGAUGCAAUACCUUGAUCACUACGCAAAAAAAGCCAUCACCCAACCUCUUAUGACCAAACCACAAUUCUCAUUUUUUGCUGAGGCAAAACUGGAGGAUAAAAAGACUGUCACGCUGGCUCCUAUUUUGCUUCCACAAGGCCUUACUCCCUGCUGCAGACACCCUUUGCAGCAAGCUGCAGGAUCCUUUCAAAACGGCUGACGUGAAGUAUUUUUGCACCUGACAGACAACACAAGCUUUUGCAGACGUGGCUCAUGCUUUUCACGAGCUGCUUAUCCCGUCCCUUUUUUCACCCUAACCGAUGUUACUGGCUAUAAAUUGACUUCACAAUACUGACUUAUAGCUACCCUUAUGCAGUCUUUCUUUCCAAGGAGUGGAUGAUCCCUCACUUUAGUACUUUACUCUUUAUUUAAAUAGUGGUUAAGCAGCAGGGGAGACAUGCAUUUAGAGGUGGUGGACUUGCCUAACUCCGGUAUAGUCUCAACCGAAGCUUUGUUGGCUGUUUUAGGGCCAAGUUGGUGGUUAUGUAUAUUUGCUUCUAUUUAUUUGUCACAAAUUACCUUUUUAACUAAUAACAUGUAUAUUUGUUAAUCCCAUUUUUUGUAUGCUAUUGGUUGCGCAAGUAAUGAUUGUGAUGCUUGAUAGAUUUUGCUGAAUGUUUCCAGUUGGUGCAAGAUUUGUGUGAAACUGUACCUUUUUUAUGGUAUUAGUUCUGUGACUCCAACGACAUCACAUCAGAUAAGGUAUAAAUAAUAUAAUCUUGCAUUUUCCUAACAGUGCUGAAAACUGUGAUAAUAACCAUCCUUUACCAUUUAAACUAAGUAUAUCACCAUUAGUGAGUGACAUGUGCUUAAAGGUAGGGUAGGUAAG